AGGAUGGCCACAAUCCAAAGCCAAAAAUAAGGUACUAGCAACAACUGCAACAACACGAAACAACAGCAGCAGCAGCACAUCAGAAAAACAGCAUCAUCUCAUUUAUCUCUUUGCUUUGCCUUUUCAGCCCAACCCCCACCAAUUCUCAUUGAUCUCACCCUCUCUCUCGCACACCCUUCUCUCUCUCUCUCUCUCUCUCUCUCUCUCUCUCACUGCGAGGGAAGGAAAAGAAGAAAAAACUCGCAAGGACCCUUUCACUGUCUCUCUAUACAGAAGCUAAAGAAACACAAGUCAUCCAAAUAAGAAAGAAGAGCCAUGGAAACUCCACGCACCCCAUACUCAAAAACAAUGAAGAGUCCACACCACCCAACUCUCUCUCUCUCUUUCUUCAAUGGCCCAGCUGGACCAAAAUUUAUGUUAAGAAGAAAAACAAAAAAGAAAAGAGAAGAUAUCAUAGGAAGAUUAGUAGUGGUAGUAGUAGAUGUCUUCAAAUGUUGUCCUCCAACCAAACCCACCUUACCUCACAAACCCAUUAUUCAGUAUGCCUGAAAUACCCUUCUGCAACCCCCCAAAAAAAUCCAAUCUUCAUCACUGUCUCAAGUCUCAACUCUCUAAAGAAAACAUUUUUCUCACCGAAUUAUGUGGGCUUCUUUGGGUUUUCUUUGUCUUGGUCAGAGUUUCACAGAGAGAACAGGAAAGCAAGAACCUUCCCAUCUCUCUCUCUCAUCUUUCUUUAUCACCCUCCUCGAUCUCAUCUUGUCCAUCACUCUCUCUUUCUUUCUUCUCAUUAUAAUUCUCUCUUAGCCUUCUUCCUACCUAUAUUUCCUCUCCCUUGCCCUUCUUUCUCCUUCCCAUUCCUCUCCUCCUGUCCAUAAAACACACAAAGCUCUUUGUUUUCAGUUUCGGGCACUAGUUUUUUUUCCUAUCACACCAUGAAGAAGAUGAAAGGGGUUGCUGCUGCUGCGGACUCUCCUCCUCCUUCAUAUGCUACCAUGUAUGAAGAUCCAAGGAUCAUGUUCAAGCAUCAGAGUCUUAUGCAGGACUACGAGGAAUUAUACAAGGAAACAGAAGCGAAGAAAAGGAAAUUGCAGAUGGUGAGACAGAAAAAAUUAACCUUAAUGGCUGAAGUCAGGUUUUUGAGACGACGAUACAAAUACUUGACACAAAACAAGCCUAAGAAAGCCCCUAUGGAGCGAAGUUUUGUGCAACCACAGAACUUAGUACCUGCUAGUAAAAAUUUAAAGAAGGAAAAGAGCUAUAGUGGAAAUAAUGCUGCUCUGAGACCACCAGUUCCUCGUUUUGAUUUAAACCAGAAGGGAAAGCUUUACAUUGAAAGGGAAGCCACUUUGCGAAAUUCCACUCCAAUUUUUGACUUAAACCAGAAGCAAAUGACUCACAUUGGAAAGGAGGCUGCUUUGCGAAAGACAGCACCAAUCCCUGACCUGAACCAGAAGGAAAGGAUUUACAGAGGAAAGGAAGCCACAGUUCGAAAUAAUACUCCAAUUUUUGACUUGAAUGAAAUCUCGAGGGAGGAUGAAAGGUUAAUGGUGACAUGUUGAGAACAGAGGAGCUAAAGAUUAGUUCAAUGAGAGGUGGUAGUGCUGAGCUACAUAAUGAUAUGAAGUUAUCAGCUUGUAGGAAUGUCGGGAAUGGAUCAGGCUGGGCAGGGAUGAGGAAGAUUAUAUGGCAGGAUCAGGUAGCGUUGAGGGUUUGAGUCCAUUCUUAUUAUUGCAGUUGUAGGUACCUAUAUUUUCGCUAGUCUGAAAAGUAUCCCUUGCCUCAACUUGUAAUGGUUAAUUCUCGUUUUCCUGGUUCUCGUUGUAAAGAAAAAAAAUAGCCCCAUAUAUUAUGAUUAUAGAUGAAAUGAAGAAAUUGGUGUCAAUUGCACAGAAAUCAAAA